AUGGACGGUCCUGCCAACCCCACCCUCGCAUCGAGAAUUCAUUCGCGCCACCUUUACCAAGCCCAACAGGCUCCCCAGCAGAGGCUUCCUGCGCCCGACCAGCCUCAGCCACACGACCAAUUCCUUCCCCCAAGACCUGACGCCGGACCCAGGAGCAGAGAGAGUAUGAGCAGAGGCCAUCGCUUCUUCCACCGUCGCGCUGUGCUGGACAAUGUCCAAAUCGUCACAGUCCUUGCUACAGUCGACGAAGCUGGCAAAAUCAUCGCCCAGGAGACCCUGCUACCUGUACCACCACCAUCUUUGCCAGAUGUAAUCGCUACCGCCGCCGCCGCCAUUGUUUCUGCCGCGCCAGUCGCUCAGCCAGCUCAGCUGGCCAUUCCUUCGCUUGCGCCUGCUCUACCCGCUCUUCCUGUCGUGCCCAUUCCCGCUCAGCCGCCCGUGCCUGUGCCUGCUCCUGCCCUACCAUCUGUAGCUCCCGCACUGCCGGCUGUGCCUGAUACUGCGCUGCCUGUAUCUAAUCCUGCGGUUGCCCCACUCGUACCCGGCCCUGCACUGCCAGUUGUACCCACUCCUGCAACAUCUUCUGUCGCUGUUCCUGCACCACCAACCCUGUCUGCUCCAGCGCUGGCGGCUGUAUCUGUUCCUGUGCUGCCAUCCGUACCUGUUCCGGUUCUACCAUCUGUGCCAGCAGUACCCCCGUUUCCCAGCGAUCUGGUCGUCCCAACUGUCCCAGCAUAUCCUUUUCCGUCGCUGAAUUAUGUCGCCCAACCCGUGGCUACAUCUACUUUUGAUGCGUCAUCAUCCUCGAUUGGAAGCACUGCCACGCCAUCUCUUCCCUCUGCUAUCAGCUCCGCCGCCAACUCAACCCUAUCAUCUACCUCAUCAUUGUUGUCGUCUUCUGCAUUGGCCUCUUUUGAUAGCAUUUCGGCCUCCUCCGCAACAGACCUUGUUGUAUCAGUCAAUGCCGUUCCAACGCGCUCACCCUCUGAUUCACAAUCUCUUGCUGCUUCUACAAGGACGUCACUCACACAGGCAAUAAUCAGCUCACAGUCGGCCCGCAGCAUUGCGUCUGCCUCGAGUGUCCCAACUACCUCGAGUGUCCCGACUACAACGGCCAAUUAUGGCGGCGGGGGCGGCAAUGCGCCUGGCACCGGAGGAGCCCCUGCUCCAACUACAUCAGCUACGUCGACCGCUGACGCAAACUCCAGCCCUAGUGCUCUCGAAACGCCCAAAGUCGUUGGUAGCGUGUUAGGCAGUCUUGCCGGAGUUGCCCUUAUCUUGGCCUUGAUAUUGUUUCUUUUGAAGCGACACAAGCAGAAGCGAGGCGGUGCUCUACAGCUCACUGGCGACGAUCACCACCACCACCACCAACACCACCAGGAAGGUAACCGGUCCAUGACCCAGGCGCCUGCCCCAAGCAACACCCUUGUCCCUGUCGCCUUUCUCAAACGCUUUUCUGGCAUGUCUGGCAAGACGGCCGAGACUAGCACGAGCGCUGGUGAGCGGAGCUUUCAGCGAGUGUCGGGCCGCAAGCUGCCAUCUGCAUUCAGUGAAGGCAUGACGUCUGAUCAAUUCUCUCGCGGAGACACAAUGUCUGGUUCGUCAUUCUACCAAGACGACCACGGCCUCUACGGUAGCACAGGUCUAUCUAAAGAGAUGGGUAAGGAGAUUGGCGAGAGUUCUGCCCCACGUGAAUCAGGACAGAUGAGUUUUCGACCCGGCCCUGCGAGGACACCCAUCAUCCGCCAUCCCGACGAUGAGAACCCUUUUGCAGAUCGCCACCACCUCAGCCCGCCACAUUCUCCUGUCGGUGACCUGCCUCCUAGAGGUACGCUCGGAAGAAGCUUGCCCUCGGCCGACGGGUCGCGCUCAAGCAAAUUCACCGAGAAUGUUUGA